CCAGCUUUUUAAUUUAUCAAAUUCCUAGCUUCCGAGUCCUAGGCCCUAGCUCGUAGCUUCUUAAUUGGCAAGUCACAUAUAGUAAGUAGUAAGUUAGCGCUUCCUUCCCCUAGUUCCCUCUCCUGCCUCACAACUUGAUGGGUCUCUAUCUGUCUUUCUUCUCACUAAUUUUCCAUUCCAUCCUGCUUCAGCUGAUUGCUUAUUUCAUCUGCUUGCUUGUGCAUUGGGACGGUUGUUUCAACACUCUGCUGGUCCUAUCGUACAAAUUAAUCGAUUUAGAGGCAAGCUUCAGGAGUACAGUGAUAUCUCAACAGUACACAAAUUCUGGUGCUACCUGUGACGCAUCAAUUAUACCACAGACUCUGCAUUCUGACCCUGCUUUGUUUGACCAAUGAUGGUAGCCGCAUCCAGGUUUCCUUUUUGGCUGUAAGCAGAGCCUUCAGUUUUUAGAUUCGUGCUCAAACGG